AUGGCCAAGACACACGAUGAAAAGGGUCAAAACAGGUCAUUGGUGUUUGCCACCGUGUCAUUCUACCUUGUUGCGGCGUUGGCGAUGGUUAUGGCCAACAAAUGGGUUCUAAACACUACCGACGCGCCGCUGUUUUUCUUGUUCACGCAGCUUCUGAUUGCGGUCGUACUCUUCGUAGCAGUCAAUGCAUUUGGCCUCAUGCAGGUUCCCACUGAGCUCGACCCUGUUAUCGUGAAGCAAAUGGGUCCCAUGGUAGGGCUUAACGUGGUUGGCCUCAGCUUCAGCAACUACACCCUCAAAUACGUUGAUGCAUCCUUCUACCAAGUUGCUCGUGGCCUGGUGCUGCCCUUCACCGUGCUUACUUCACUGCUCGUUUUGCAUUCACGCCCUUCGACGCUCGCGUCGUUUGCUUGCGCCGUCGUCACCGCCGGCUUCUUUGUUGGUGUCUUUCUCGACGGAACGCCGAUAUCUGGGACUGGCAUCUUCUUCGGUGUUGCGUCGUCGGCUAUCACGGCGACGCACUCUGUUGUCAUCAAAAGGAGUCUCGCUGCUGUGCAAGGCAGCGCGUUGAAGUUGUCUUGGUACAACAACCUGCUCAGUGCAGCUAUCCUGGCACCGUUAAUCAUCCUAGCUGGCGAAGGUCCCUCGGUCUGGAAUCUUCUGUUUGGUCCGGACACGAGCGGCAAACUCCUGACCUUCGUUUGGGGAUCUCUCAUUACUGGCGUAUUCGGUUUCCUUAUGAGCAUUGCCAGCUUACUCUCCAUCAAGGUCACGUCUCCUAUCACGCAUAUGGUUUCCUCCGCCGUGCGCGGCGUAGCCGCCUCCUUCCUUGGUGUCUGGUUGUUCCAUGAUGUAAUCACCACUGGACGUGCAGCUUCUAUCGCCACUAUUCUCGCUGGCUCCAUAUGGUACACCUGGGUGAAGCAUAAUGAGUCACUUGCACCGGCCCCCCCGCAGCAUACCCGCGGCGUGUCGUAUGAUCGCGUCCCCAUGGAGGAGAUGGAAAACGGGCGAGCUUCAGGACCACAAACCAAGGCCGAGUGAUGUGCGGACGUUGCCUCGCCUUCCCGUCAUUACACUGAGGAACAGAGAACACGGUCGUAGACUAAGUGCCAGCGGAACAGACAAAAUUCUUAGAGACACGACACAUCAUCGUAUGACAACCACGUUUAGACAGGACAGGGACGUGAUCCAACGUUCACAGUCAGUCUCGGCGCGGAUACAAUCACCCCUAGUAUAAUGAAU